AUGCGCCGCGGUUGGAGAGGUGGGCGCUAUAGGAAUAACUGGGACAGAUCUAACAAAACAAAUAAUACAAGUGAUACUGGUAGCUUGAACAACUCCACCGUCUCAGCACGACCAUCUAAUGUAACUGGAAUUUCGAGGGCUCCUGCAAAUCAAUUGCCUAUCGUCAUACCUCUCAAUAGUGAAAAUGAUCUAUGGAAACUAUACUUGCCAACUGAAGAGUAUCCACCAAAUGCUGAAAUCUCAAAUCACACAAAACAUUUUAAAGCGUUUAUAGAGCAAAACCGAAGUUUAUUUGAUCUGGAAAAAAUUGACCAAACGCGCAGUGUUCUUUUAGAUGUUCAAAAUCUCACAAAUGAUUCAGAUUUCUGUUCUGGCUGGCCCACUUUUAAUUCAGAUCUGUUUGAGAAACCUGAAACUACAUUACAUGUUUUAGAAUAUUGUUUACAUCAGGCCUUAAAAUGUGAAUCAAAAAUAAAAGUAAGGGUUUUGAAUCAUCAACCUGUUGUUCCUCUAGCAAAUCUAAAAGCUAAUUACUUUGGUAAACUUGUAACAAUUAAAGGGACAGUAAUAAGAGUUGGAAGUGUCGGACUGAUAUGCACUUCUAUGGCAUUUGAAUGUUCCAGUUGCCACAAUGUCCAAGCUAUAAUUCAACCACAAGGUGUAUUCACUGCCCCUCAAGUAUGUCCAAGUUGCCGUGGUGGAUCCAGGUAUGAUCCGUUGCAGUCAUCACCAUUCACAAGUACCACAGAUUGGCAGGUGGCUAAGAUACAAGAAAUUCAGUCGCAGGGCAUAUCAGGCACUAUUCCUAGGAGUGUGGAAAUAGAGCUACAAGGUGAUUUAGUUGGCACUGCUUGCCCCGGCGAUGUUCUUUCCGUCACUGGUAUUGUACAGGUGAGAGGAGAAAGUAAAGGUGGUGAAGACGGAAAACGAGCUGCCAGAUUAUUGCAACUUUAUAUAGAAGCUGUUUCAAUACACAGUCAAAGAAACUUGAGCAAUCCAACACUAUCUUUUACUUUGAAAGACUAUUAUGCUAUACAGGAAAUCCAUGCUUCAGAAAACGUCUUUAGACUGCUAGUUCAUUCCCUUUGCCCCACUAUAUUUGGACAUGAAGCAGUGAAAGCCGGUCUCAUACUAGGGCUCGUUGGUGGAACGGAAUUAGAAAAUGGCCCGAGAUCUAAUCCUCAUGUGCUUAUAGUUGGAGAUCCAGGUUUGGGGAAAUCACAGUUACUUCAAGCUGCGGCCCAUGCGGCUCCAAGGGGUGUUUAUGUCUGCGGAGCAUCCGCUUCGGCCGGAGGAUUAACGGUAGCGUUGGGUCGUGAAUCUGGCGGGGACUUCGCCCUCGAAGCGGGAGCUCUGGUGCUCGCCGACAAGGGAGUUUGCUGCGUCGACGAAUUGGACAAGAUGACUGCGCACCACAGUAGCUUACUAGAAGCGAUGGAACAACGCCGUGUAAGCGUGGCUAAGGCCGGCGUUGUAUGCAGUCUCUCUGCCCGAGCGACUGUCCUAGCCGCCGCCAAUCCAGCUGGAGGAAGUUAUAAUAGAGCAAAAACAGUAGCGGAAAAUUUAAAAAUCAACUCUGCUUUACUAUCUAGAUUUGAUUUGGUAUUCAUACUCUUGGAUCAACCUGACGAGAAAAUAGAUGCAAUGCUCUCAGAACAUGUGCUGGCUUUACACAGUGGACAAAAAGCGAAAAGAAUUAAAAUCACGGAUGCCAAUUCUAGCAUAAUUACUAGUCAGAAUGACAGUGAAUCUUCUUUGAGCGAAAGAUUACGGCUAAAGCCUAACGAAUCGAUUGACACGCUGCCAUUAGUUCUACUCAGAAAAUACAUUGCAUACGCCAGAAGAUACGUACACCCAAAACUAAGUACGGAAGCUGCAAAUGUAUUGCAGAACUUCUACUUGGAACUAAGGCAUAAUCACCAAAGCAACUCUCAGGAUGGCACUCCUAUUACUACUAGACAAUUGGAGGCUUGCAUUAGACUUACACAAGCUCGUGCUAGAGUGGAUUUGCGAGAAGAGGCAAACGCAAAUGAUGCGAACGACGUAAUAAGCCUUGUGAAACACAGCUUGAUGGAUACAUUCAGCGACGAAUAUGGCAACAUUCAGUUAUCGAGGUCGAUUAACGGAUCGGGCGUGAGCUCGAGGGGCAAACUGAAAAAGUUCCUGGAAAUUCUGACAAGAAGAGCUCAUCAGUUAGGCAAAGACGUAUUCACCAGAAAAGAGUUAAUACAGAUUCAUAAAUCGGCUGGAGUACCAGGAGAUGCCGGUGAUUUAAUUGAAGCAAUGCAUAUACACUCUUAUUUACUUUUAAAGGGUUCAAACACAUACCAAUUAAUUACUUAAUAAAAAAUAUGAUUGAAAAUUCU